GACGUCACAUUUGGUAGCGUCUUUCCUAUCGCUAGCUGAAACUGACCAAUGAGACUGUUUGUUCCAACGAACGUCACUCAUCGUUCAGAAGAUGCAUCUACGUAACAGCUACCGAUUUGCUCAGUUAUAACUGUUGAGUCAGCUGAUGCAGUCUGUGAUCUUGAGAAGAAGAGUCUACGAUCAAAGGACUUUUGGACCAUGGCCACACUGUUCCACGUGUUGUAGCUUAGGAAGAUUGGUCGUAUAUAAUUUUUAAGAUAAGAAAAAAAUAUGAAAAUUACAGUUCUUGAAGCUUAAGGGAUUAGGAAGAUUUUUACAGCCUACUUUGAUCUACUUUGGCAUUAUAUGAAAAGAUCUUGGAUUGUGUCAUUUUUUGAUGGAAACAAUCAUUUUCAUUCAAGACAGCAAAAUUUUUGUCAGAUAAUUGGAACUAUUGUAACAAAUUUUUAUAGUACAUUUAUAGCUAACAGACCUGUUAACAAAUUGAGAAGUAUAUUUAAAUAUACAAUAGUAAUUAAUGCAUUACAUCUGGAUCAAAAUGUACCUGUGACAAGUAACAGAAAGAGAACGCUUACUAUAAAAUCAGUUGCUAGAAAUAAUAUAUCUGCAUUUAUAAAAAACUGUAAUAUUUUGAAAACUUUUUAUAAAGAUACUUCUGUAUUUUUCCAAGUUAAUACUUGCAAUAUGUCAAACAGUUCUGAAGGUGCUGGAAAGUAUAAAUGGAUUGUUUAUGAAAAUGAUUAUCUCAUUGCCUAUCUACAUUCUUUUCCAUAUACAACUGGGGUCACUGUAGUAGAAAUAAAGAAUAAACCUGACUUUCAUAUUUUUGCACUUCCAAUACAAGAAUUUGUUAAAAUAAUGUUGGAUAUUCAACAUGUAUCUAAUCUUCUUUGUGAUCGACUCGAUGUACAACGGUGUGCAUUGAUUGCGGAACCACAGGAUGGUCAGCCAACAAAAAUUCUUCUAAUUCCGCUUCACGGUCUCUCCGAUGCCUGGAAACCAUGCAUCUGUUCAGAACCUGAGUUUAAUUCUUGCUAUCCAGGUUACUGUACUUCUAAAAAUGGACCUAGAGCUUCUGAUGACGAACUGAACAAAAUUCAAAAUAAAAUAAGAAAUAAAUUAGAUUCGCAGGAAUUAAAUUUUAAAUUUUAUGGAGAUGCAAACGAUGACAAUCUUUUUGCAAAAAUUGUAAGAGGUGACGAGAAAGCCCAGUGGAGAGUAUGGGAAGAUGAAGAUCACGUUGCUUUCCUAACUCCAUUUCCAAAUACACCUGGUUUCACAGUUUUAGUUCCAAGAAAACAUUUGGACAGUAAUAUUUUUGCAUUAGAUAAACCGGAUUUUGAAAAGUUAAUGGUAGCAACUCACAAAGUUUCUAAUUUAUUGAUGAAGGCUCUGGAAAUUAAGUCAUGUGCUAUGAUAUUUGAAGGAUACGAAAUAGAUUAUGCUCAUGUGAAAUUGAUUCCAAUUCUACAUGACGUAACAAUGAUAAAGAAACCAAAAGAAGUUGAAUUUAAUAUUAAUUAUGUUGGCUUUGUUACAAGUCUGAAUGGUCCAAAAGCAAAUUAUGAUGAUUUGAAUUCAAUUCAUCAUAAAAUUACAACUUCAGAUAAUGUAAAUUCUUAAAAAUUUUGAAAAUUUACAAACAUUUAUAAAAAAUAUAAUUUUAUAAGUGUUAUUAAAGCAAUUUUCAUCGAGGAGAGUGUUUUUUAUUUUUUUCUUCCUUAAAGUGGAAACUAAGGGUGUGUUUGGAAAUUGUUAUUGGUAACUGCCAGCAGUUGGAAAUUGUAACUGGUAUUACUGGUAACUGCCAGCAGUUACCAGUAAUACCAGUUACAAUUUCCAAACGCAUCCUAAGACAGCCUUUUUUUCCCAUCACAUCCAUUAUGGGUUUGGUCAGGCUCACAAUGAGAGUGCCCAGACCGUAAGGGAUGAGGGUCAGACAUAUCCAGGAUUGACUGCCUGUGAAAAAUUCCUGGGAUUUCUCACCUGAAUUCAGUCUCAGCUCUGAGUGGUAGGCUGAUAUCCUAACUACUUCAUCCAUUGGAGGAUUUUUUUUCAAGAAUGAAUUUAAUUGGUUCUAAAAAUAGAUGUAGCUGAAAAAAACUUUUUUUUAAUAAAAUUAGUAGUUGAUUUCCCAGAAGUAUUUCUUGUAUUUGUUAAGAGAAAUGCAAGAAUUAUCAGUUAUAAAUAAUAAUUCAAUAACUAUCUGAAGAUGGAUACAAUAAUCAACGGCAAUAAUGUUUUGAAAACUGUUUACAUUCCGGAUGAUAUUAAAUUGAUUCUAUUUUAUUAUUAUAAGAUGUUUGGGUUGAGUCAUAAAUUCGUUCUAAUUGAAGGUAAGUGUAAUUGUAAUUCAAAUACCUGCCAGAUGAUGUUUCAAAACGUUUUAUUAGAGGUUGCGGCCGAUGUUUUCAGCCCAAAACGUGAACGGCGGACCGUCGAGCGCCGUCAUCUGGCAAUUCUGGACGGUCGAUAAUGGCGGUCGCUACGUCUAGCAUGGCGAGUAGACGAUCGGCUUAAACUUCAUUUUUUUUGUGUGUUUGGGGGUUAAAAUUAUGAUUAUUUAGCAUUUACGAAUAAUAUUGUAAAGAAACAGACGAUUUUAAUCCAGAAAUUAAUUAUUCAAUUUUUUAGCAAGUGAUGCGAAGUGCCUAUACAAUUUACAUAUAUUUGUCUUCAUAAUAACUUAUCUUAAGGAGGUUUGUUCUUCCACGGCAUCAUCUACCAACAACAGCGUAAUACCCCGUUCGCACCGAGAU